CUUAGCCGGCGUGACAAGCGCACAAGUGGCAGCCUGCUGAAAAAGGUACGACGCACUUCAACGAAUGCUUUGGACACAAACACUCCAUAACUUACCUUGCGAGCUUAUCAACAAAGUGUCCUGCAACUGUUUUUGAUUCCGGGAACCAAGAAACCUCUUGCACCUCUUUGUUUAUCCACGCCUCAAAGCUAACGUUGGCGUUUUUCUCUCAUAUAGCCAAAAGUUGCCCAUGGCGACUUGUACGGUCUAUUCACAAUAACGGAUCGGAAGAAGCUCGACAAGGAAGAUGAGAAGAAGGUAUAAUUCAUUCCUGAAGAGGCUCGUAAGGAUGGCGGUCGUUAAUGCGCCCACAGGUCAAGGCUCUUGUGCAACGACUACAGUCGGUCGGUGUUACCACGCUCGGAGAACCACAAGCGGCCUACGCUCUACGAUCUAUAUAUGCCAAUGGUGAUGCGGACAAGGCCUUUGAGUUCCUCGUCCUCCUCGAAGAAUCCGCGGGCGGAAUAAUACGAGACUAUGACCGUAAUGUCAAGCUACUGGGCGCGGUCAACAGGGAUAGCGUAACGUGCUAUCUGGACGCCCUUCUUUUUGCCAUGUUUGCCCGGCUGGAAGGGUUCGAACCAAUAUUAUGCAACACAUUCGAGGAUGAACCCCGGAAAAGGCUGUCGAUUUUACUGCGGCUGUGGGUCAAUAUGCUCCGCUCAGGCAAACUUAUUACUACAGAUAUUACUCAGCAUUUACAAGAAGCGAUCGCGGCAUGCGGCUGGGACGAAGCCGCCAAGUUGCGACAGCAAGACGCCUCGGAGGCCUUCACCUUCAUCACCGGAACCCUGAUGCUACCGCUCUUAACCCUCAAGAUGGAUAUUUUCCAUACAGGCAAGGAAGAAGCGGCCGACGAUCACAAGUUUGUAAACGAACGCCUGCUCGAAGUCGCAAUUCCGACAGAUCUUGAGGAGAACAAAGUCAUAACGCUGGAAGACUGCCUGGAGACGUAUUUCAAUAACCGAAUCGACGUGAGACGGCAUCUCGAAAGGAGGCAGACACAGACGUCCGUCAGAUCGGCAGAUUCUUCCAAGGCUCUCGGAUAUCACCAUGAGAAAGUAGAGGCCGUUGAGCUGGGUUCCCGCCCUUCGAGCCCAUCUUCUCCACUGUCGCAAACUCCCACCAACGCGUCGCCAUUACGACCGGCAAUCUCACGGCAUCGAGCCCCCAGCAUCAUCCGUGAUCGCGUAGUUGAAGAAGCAAAUUCUUCUGAGAGAGCUGGCCCACGGCGGAAGUCGUCCAUUCGAAAAGAGGUCAUGAUGCCUGCCUGGCAGUUUUUCAGCUUAAUUCCCUGGUACACUGACAACAGCCCAACCAAUGAUGCUCAAGUGGCUGCGCAUUUGGCCUCUAAGCGGCCUUUAUUAGGUCUCUGCCUAAAGAGAUACUUUAUGCAACCGAACGGCAGACCUACACGACUAAAUACCUAUGUCGAUAUUCCGCUCGAAAUAGGCCUGCCCCACUUUAUUCAAGACGAUCGCAUGGACGAAGAUGCUCCAUUGUUUGGAAAUUUCAAGCUUUGUCUUCAAUCUGUUGUCUGCCACCGAGGCUCUUCUCUCGAUUCUGGACAUUAUGUCUCGCUGGUACGCGGCGAGGCUCCCAAUGCUGAAGAGCUCUCAAAAGAUUCUCUUUCAUUGGAGUGUCCCGAGGAGCGAUGGAUGCGAUUUGAUGAUCUCGCAAGAGAACGCGUCAAAUUUAUUGACAUCAAGAAAGCUUUGCGGGAGGAGACACCGUAUUUGCUCUUUUACCAGGUUCAGCCGAUUGAGGAGGAAACGGAUGAUACGCCUCCCUAUGACCACGAGCAUGAUCGGCCCCCCUCUUACAGUGAACAUGGCCACUCACAUGAUUACUACGACUCUUAUAAUCACCAUUCGACGGACCGCCACAAUCAGUCCCAAAAUCGAGACUGGGGUACGGGCAGCCUGACUCUAAGCGACGUCCGUGAGGGCGUGACCGAAGAUUAUCAGUCCCGUAAUCCAAGUUUCGAGCUCACCAAUUAUGAUGCUGAUCCUCGGGGUCGAACAAGCUGGUCGAGUGACCGAAGAAGAAGUAUCCAAUUUGAUCAAAGUAGCCUGCAAGUCCCUAGUGGCGCUAUAACUCCGAGCGAGGAAACCCCUGGUGAUGCAUCCGUGCCCUCGAGGUCAGGGUCGAAGACCUUGAAGUCGCCAUCCAAAAGUCGACCUCCGAGCCAAUCAGGCGAACGCACAUUUGCAGGCACCAUAUCAAGGCUGUCAGCUCGUCUCAGCAGGGACAAACUUGCUACUGCCGAACCGAAUGGUGAAGCUACCGUUGAGGAUGGCAAUGGCGGCCCGCCAGGUUCGGUUGGUUCCUCUUUCCGGUCAGAUAUCAGUCAAGCGCUGGAGAAGGACAAGGACAAGGACAAAGAAAAGGGAAAGCAGCGCAAAAAGGAAAAGCGGCUACGUAGUCGAACUCGACUGCCUAAAGAAAGACCUGAGCGGGAGUGUUCUAUCAUGUAAUCGCAAGGGAUGUGAUAUAGGAGAAGGGCACAUUGGGGCCAUCUAAUGUUUCAAACAAAGGAGGAGAAGGCUUUUCAGUGGAAUCUUGCUGCUAU